ACAAGUACAGAAACAGUACAAAACAGCGCCAGGGAGUUGUAAACUCAAUAAAGUAACUAAAAUAGAAUGCAAAAUAUAUAUAUAUCGUAACAAAGUGUAAAGCCAUAGGCAGUGGCUGUAGUCCUUCGCCUCCCCCAUUUUCUACCUACAAACAAACGUCACUUCAACACUUUCAGGAAGGAAAUAGUGGCUCAGUCAACGAGUUUGAACAACCUUUCACAGUGUCUUUUUCUUUUACAGAGGAACUUCUCACCGCGGAAUGGCCGCCGCGCCGCCGUCUUCGCUCCACCUGAGGGCGAGCGAUGUCAUCCAGAAAGAGUACCUGGACGACGGAGGGUUCGGAGAAGUGUACCUGUGCUACCAUGCCACCUUGGGCCGUGUCGUGAUGAAAACCAUGUACACUGGUCCUCUUCGAAACGAGGAGAGCAAGAGGUCCCUGCUGGAGGAAGGGAACAUUAUGGCUAGCCUGAAGCAUGAGCGGGUGGUAAAGUUGCUGGGUGUCAUCAUGGAGGAUCGAGGCUGCUCGCUCGUCAUGGAGCUGAUGCCCAGGGGGAACCUGUUGGCCAUGCUGAAGAAGGUCCAUGUGCCUGUAUCAAUCAAGGGGAGAAUUAUUGUAGAGAUUUUGGAAGGGUUGGUGUACCUCACGAAAAGAAAUGUCCUACAUAAAGACAUCAAGCCCGAAAACAUUUUAAUCGAUGAAGAUUUUCACAUAAAGAUCGCGGACCUUGGCCUUGCCACAUGCAAGACAUGGAGUAAACUCACCAAAGAGGAGUCUUGCAAGAAGAGUCGAUUGGGCUUGUCAAGCAGCACAAGGGCGGCGGGCACGCUCAGCUACAUGGCUCCCGAGCACCUGGACAGCAUCCACACCAUCUCCACGGAGAAGUCCGACGUCUACAGCUUUGCUAUUGUGGUUUGGGUCAUCGUCACAGGCAAAGAGCCAUAUGCAAAUGCCAGGAAUGAAGAUCACAUCAGCCAAUGUGUCCGCAAGGGCGACCGCCCUACGAAGGAUCUUAUUCCUGCUGACACACCUGCAGAGAUCCUUGAACUCAUGGAGAGGUGCUGGAAUCACAACCCAAAACAAAGACCUACAUUUCUCGAGAGCUACUACCUCUUAAAUGCUUUCUACAAGGCAAAGCUUGAACUGCACGUGGAGAAAGAUUUAACUCAUCUACGGGUCUCAUACGAAGGCCCAGACGAACUUGUGGAGAAGAUGAAGUGUCUAUCAAUGACUGACGAACGUUUACCCUCAGAUUCUCCAGCGUUUUUGAAGAGCACAUCAUCUGAACCGGUUGAGGCCAGUAUUGAAGAUAUUCAUGGUAUUCCAAUUGAGGUGAAUGUGGAUUCUGUGGAGCCCUCCGUUGAGGCGGAUGCCGAAAUGUAUAGAAGCUCGUCAUUGGAGGACAAACUGCAACAGGAGUUGGAGUACCACAAACAUGGCAGCUACAAAUGUGGGAACCAGCCUGACUCUGUCAACAGCCAGCAACUAAACCUGUCCUCUGUCCAUUCCUGGGUACAAGGGGCACCUGUGCAAGCAAGCAGCAAUGAUCAUGCUCGGAGUCAUCCAACCAGCUGCCUCCAUGAGUCCAUGACCACUUCCAUGCCAAGACAAAAUUCUAUGCAAAAUUUAAAUCAGCAACAUCCAUAUUCUGACUAUUCACAGCAAAAGUCCUGGCCUGCAUCCUCAACUGUUGAAGCAAGAUCCACAGGCCUCACUUUUCAUGGAUACAUCCCCAGCUUUAACAAGGGCGGCGGGGCACAGGAUUCAGGACAUGUUUACAUUUCCAAUUCCAAGGGGAUACAGAUUGGUAGCAAUAACAGCCUCAAUAUUAUCAACCACGACCACGUUCACAGUGUUGCGACUCUUCCUGCUAACCUGUGGACUGAUCCCCACUUCAAAGAACAACUUCAGAAAUAUGAGCACCACUCGGUGACAAAAGAGCACCUGGACGUACUGCAGAAAAACAUCGGCCAAAAUUGGAAGAUUUGCGCACGGCGCCUGGGUUUGACUGAUGUGGAAAUCGAGGCUAUAGAACAUGACUUCUACCGAGACGGCCUGCCAGAAAUUGUGCAUCAGACGCUGCAGAAAUGGAAAAUGAAGGUGGGGAGAAAUGGCUGCAUGGUCGGGAAGCUUUGUCGCGCUCUCGAAGGUAUCAUCGAUGUUCACGUCAUCAGUACAAUAUUCGACCUCUGUGGCUCCAUUUCCCAAAUCCAAUGAAACUCUCUUUCAACAAAAACCACGUCUAGUGUGCCGCCCUCGACAUGUAGGAAUAUCUUGGCUUUACCCCAACACCUUUGCUUGAUCAAACACUCUGAAAAACGUCUUCUUGUCCACAGGUUUAUUGACCUUAAAAAGGGUAAAACUGAAAACAUACAAGCAGAAAGGAUGCUUACAUUAAAUACAUGCACACACAAGCAUACUACAAUAACAAAUGCAUUAUGUUGUGUAAUGGAUGAAGAAAUACCACGAAAUAUGUAUUUUAAGAACUCUACAGCAAACUAGCUUACUAUGCUAACAUUCACUUCACAGUAUGAAAUUACGUAAAUUAGCAUGACUGCCUUUUGGCCAUAAAACGUCCCAAAUUACAUCACAGCCAACAAAUACACCGCAAUCAAAUAUUACCAUGCUACUCAACGAUACAUACCGAUGAUAAGGCAAUUGAUCAGAUGAAAACGUUUGCAAUCGUCACUGAACUAGCUUAAACUAGACCUGAAAGGAACUCCUUGUGCACUGCGAACUUGGGAAAUGCUGUUAAGUAGGCAAUGCUGCCUCCCGCUGUCUAAAGGAGCUCACUGUUGAAUUCCAAAAUUAACUUAAACACUGAUUUUACAUAUAUUCUUAAUACAUUCAACAGACAAGACAGAACACAGAGGAUUUGCCAAUGUCUCCUUUUAAUGACUGCUUUUGCGAUUUCUAUAUUUUCAACCAACUCUUUGCAGCCAUGCAGAAAGCUAAUCGAAUGUACCAACAACAAAACUAACAUCUGAAUUUUAACUAGGUGCCAAAUCAGUACAAAUGUGUACAUAUUUAUCUUCAUCAUUGCCUCACUUGUGCAAACUGCAAUCAUGGUCAGAAUUGACAGAAAGUUGAACAAUUUGAUUUCAUUAGCAGUUCAGCAACAACCAAUCCCAAUUUCAAUAGUUUGUUACCAGCAACAUUCAAACCUUUGAUUCUGGCCAAGCAAAGUCCGAGCUACUGUACACACUCCUUUUGCUGACUUUGUUUUAGUUCAACUUGUAUUCCACUCUAGUGCUGUGCGGUAUUACAAUAUAUAUAUAUUGUAGGACAACAUAAACAUGUAUUUUCAUACAAUAUCACUAUUGUUUAUAUAUCAACAUUUUUACAUCUAUGCUGCAGCUAAUGUUACUGCAGCAUUUUUGUGGUAGCAUUUUUACGUCACUUGAAAUAAUUUACGGCAAGAGAAUGAUGUAAACAACGUAGCAGUCCGCUACUUGCAGAGACGGAAAGGACAAUGGAAGCUAAGCCCAAAAUAGGAAAACGGAAAUCCUUUGUUUGGCUUUGGUUUGGAUUUCAAAAGUUAGACAGACCGAGCAACAGUAACGUAUUUUCCGGACUAUAAGGCGCACUUAAAACCCUUUCAUUCUCUCAAAAAUCGACAGUGCUCCUUAUAACCCAGUGCGCCUAAUGUACGGCAUAAUUCUGAUUGUGCUUACCGACCUCGAAGCUAUUUUAUUUGGUGCGUGGUGUAAUGAUAAGUGUGGCAAGUCCCACAUAAGAGAUACGCCAGUAAACAACACCAAAAAUGUUCCAUUGAGAAUAUAGAACAUUACACACGGUGCUCAAAAAUAUGUCAAUGUUUUUAGUAUGACUUCGGUAAGCUAUGAAGCUGUACCGCUUGAUGGAUUGUCGGCGCAUUAAACAUACAAGUAUUAGUAGGGUGUGUGUAUAAGGACCGCAAAAUGGCACCCAUUAGCAGACAUAUUAUCUGGCGUUUUGUUUCACAAUAUUAUGCAAAACCAACUUUUCUUACCUUCUGGUACAUGCUGAUCUGUAUUUGAGAUCUGCAUAAGUCCUGAAAAUGUGCGCACGUCCGCCAUUGUAGUCCGUGCCGACAACGUAGUCGAUAAGCUUCUUCUUUUUCACUAUCUUCUUGUUAUGGGACAUUCACCCUCUGUUGUUGCCAUUUCUAAUAUUAAGUAGUGUAAAGUUCUUUCUUAUCUCGCUAUGGAAGCGCUAAAAACUACCGGUGUAGUGAGUUUACAUUAUUCACCCAAGGAACUUUAGUUAUCAGAGAGUCGGUCGGUUUUUCCACUGGACACAUUUCCGGCCUUGUUGUUGCACUAGUGAGCCACGGAUGAGAAGAUGCUGCUCCGUUAUUGAUUGAAGAAAAGUCUGAAUGUCAUUAAAACAGUUAGCUCCAUCUUUUCAUACUUCUUUCACUCCCGUCCUUGCACGCUACACCGCUACAACAGAGACAACGGGGAGAAGACGCUGUCGAAAGUGAGCCACGUAAAUAAGACCGCCCACAAAACAGCGCAUCCUGAAGCGACUGUCAGAAAGCGACUUGAAGAUGAUCUGUAAAACAUAAUAUAUGCAACAUUUUGACCAAAGAACCACCAUUACAUGUUAUGUAGACCACAAGGAAAUGUUUACAUUUCGAAAAAAAUCAUAAUAUGACCCCUUUAACGCGGCCUAUAAUCCGGUGCGCCUUUCGUAUGAAAAUAGACCUGAAUCGACCCGCUCAUCGGCAGUGUGCCUUAUAAUCUGGUGCGUCCUAUGGUCCAGAAAAUACGGUAAUUGCAAAACAUGUCGCCAAAAGCGACUUCAUUCUUCCUUCCUGAAGACGCGGCAUGAAGAACAGUACAGAGACCGUGUUAACAUGCUACAAAGUAUCUCAAAACCACAAAGGGAGGAAAAGAAUAACAGGGUUGUUUAAAGCAGUGGUUCUUAACCUUUUUGACCUCGGUGCCCUACUUUUCCACUACAGAGGGGAUCGGGCCCCCACUCAAAUAUAAUUAUUGAAUACGAUUUAAAUCAAGAGUACAAUUACUAAUUCAGUGGUAAUAUCUAACCUACUUUAAGUUUACGACCUUGUCAAAUUAUAUAAAACCAUGUGCUAUUUAACACAAAUCUUAGGCUGACAUCAGGCUGUCUAGUAAAAUAAGUAAACAAAUGUACUGCAUAAGAUGGGGCUCAUAAAUAAUUGAUGAGAAAUUAAUUUACAUACAAUUAUGCAGUGCUAAAAUAAGUAAUUGAUAAUGAAAGUUUCUUAACUACACUGUCAAUAAAAUUAAAGUGAAAAAGAAAAUACUGUUUCACUAAUUUAGUUCUAAUUCUUGCGCUUAAGAAACUUCUAUGACUUUUCUGUUUGUUGGAGAUUGUCAUUACUGCCACAAGUGGUGGAAAAGUGUAUUACAACUGAGUACCUUGGCAGCCCAUACAAACCGCAGCUGAGAAACAUAAUUUUUGGCGGCCUUCGAGGGCACGCUUUCGGCCCAACAUUGGUUAAGAAACACUGGUCUAAAGGCACCGUCUAUGACAAGCAGUCUCGCAUACACUAAGAAAUGACAGGAGCCGUCUCAUAUGACAUGACCUAGUAUACUGUACACUGUUCAAGAAGGGCUGGCACUUCACAACAUAUAUAUUAUAUAUAAAAAGGUUAAAAGAACAAGACCAUCAAAAAAAAAAACAAUAAAAAUAUUUUGUUGUAAAUAAAGAAGGACAGAGAAGAGAAAUUAGAAUUAAUUUAAUUUAAUGUGUGUAUAUAUACAGUAGAUAAUUUUAAGAAAAAAAUACUAUAUAAUGAUAUAUAUUAUCGGAAUAUAAAACAACCUGCAUCAAGAUCUAUAUUUUUGUCCAUAUCGCACAGCACUAUUUCAAGAGAUGUUGCCUUCUACCCUCACUGUAGAUAGAUAGUACUUUAUUGAUUCCUUCAGGAGAGUUCCCUCAGGAACAUUUUAAAGACAAUCACUGUAGGUGUGUGUUUUGCGCACUUACAGUAUCUCUUUCUUUUUAUGUUGAAUCUCCUGCAGCUAAAGCAGGCAAGUUUAUUCAAGUGGUGGGGGUUAAAAAAAUGUUUCAACAAUGUUCAAUUUUGAUAAACACAUCAAUAAAGUCUAUACAGUAUGUGUGUCUGUCUGUUGAA